UCCUCUAUCUAUGACUCUUGAGUUGCUGUAACAAGUAAAUGUCCUGUGUGGGAUAAUAAAGUUGAUCUUAUCCUAUCCUAUCUUAAGGUCAUCCACCUCCCGAAGACCCCUGAAGACCUGAUGGCAGUGACCCAUGGGUUUGCAGGGCUGGCAAGACACCGCGCUUUUGGGAAAGCAGCGGGAGCAAUCGACGGCUGCCAUGUCCGUAUCAAGCCACCGAGCGGCCCUGAUGGUCACUGCUACAGGAACAGGAAACUGUUUUCCUCCAUAAUUCUGCAGGCUGUUUGUGACCAUCAGGGCCGCUUCCUUGAUACGUACGUGGGCUGGCCUGGAUCAGUCCAUGACUCCAGAGUCCUCCGCCACAGCCCACUGUAUAGGUCACUCUACCCUCCUCCAGGGCACUUCAUCCUUGCAGACGGCGGGUACCCUUGCCUCCAACACCCACUACCCCUCAUCACUCCCUACAAGAGGCCAGUGCGAGGUGUGGGAGCCCAGCGCUUCAACUGGCAUCAUUCCAGGGCACGCUCCAUUAUAGAGCGUGCUUUUGGAAUGAUGAAGACCAGGUUCAGGGCCAUCUUCCUGCAAGCGCUGGAGGUGCACCACACCUUCGUACCUCACGUCAUAACAGCAUGUGCCAUCCUCCACAACAUCUGCCUUGGGGCCGAUGACAUCAUGGCCCCAGAGGAGGAGGAUGAGCCUGAGGACGAUGUAGAGGAGGAUGAGGGGGGCGAUGGUUUGGAGGCAGCCAGUGGUGCUCCCUGGCGGGACCAGCUGUCUGCAGAGGUGUCUGCCCUGGAGGAGGCCCCCCCUGACCACCAAUAUAUACAGGCAUCAAAUUCAGAAUAA